GUUUUCGCGUUCGCACUGCAAACUGUAACUGUUUAAGGACAAAGCGGAAUGGACAGUAGCAGUGGAAGCCAAGGAAAUGGCAGUUUCAUGGACCAGAACUCGCUGGGCAUCCUGAACAUGGACAAUCUAAAGGUCUUCGGCGACUUGUCCAGCUUCAGCAAAAGUGGAAGGAGGAGCGGCACUGGUCGGGACUCUCCCGCCGUCCACGAGCGGCUCCGAGAAGAACGACUGCGUGCGCUGGAGACACUGGAAAAGCCCCGACCGUCGCGUUCCAGCCAAGCAAAGAGCACUGCCCUCCAGAUGCGCUUGUCCACAAACAUCUCGGAGCUGGUAACAGACGACACCAUCGAUCUGAACAGCAGCAGCUCCUUUGCUUUGGUCACGCCCGCCACCAAGGGCACAAACAUCUCUUUUGAGCCUGCGGAGAUCACCGGCAGGUCCACACUCUGCCAGGCGGGAAAACAGCGCCGCAGGGAGAAGCCAUCCCUGUCGGUGGCCGAAAUUCUAAAGUCAUCCUUCGUUGAGAAGGCUCGCCUGUUGGAAAGGAAGCUGCAGGAUGCCAGUCAGGCGGAGGCCAGCUAUCACUUAUCACGUGGCAGCUCCAGCAGCCUCUCAGAUUCAUUCAACUGCUCGCGCAGCUUACCGCGCACUGCGGACAUGAGUGAACUGAGUCUUAACGGAGGUGGGGGAUUUUCCUUUGGAUCUGCCUCGUUGGCGGCGGAAGGCCAGGAUGAGAGCUUUGCUCCCGCCGAGCUAAUGCAGUCCAAAUUGGUGCUCGGUGAAAUCUCCUGGGCGCAGGAGUUCACGGCCAUGCCGACGGCCACGUUGAGCACACAGGCGUUGAAGAAGAUUGCCGCACCAACAUCCGAGAUAGAAACCUCGGUGUCCAAUUCUGUCUUGGCCGGAGAUCCAGACUUUUCGCUGGGCAACUACUUCCAGACGCGUUCGGAAAAUAUAUGGAACAUUGUGAGCAAUAGCAGCCCGAAUCGUUCGCGAACCAACCAACCGCUAUUGGAACCAGAAAGUAACGUGACACUGGAUUCGGUUGGCGAGAAGACCCCACAGCCAGACAAUAAAACAUACACUAAAACGGAUGCCAUAACUGGCUCGAAUCUCGGACGCAAUCUUAUGCGUAAGAUGCAACAGGAUCGGAUUGAAACUGCGCUAAAGAGCAGGAAUGGUCUGGCAGCCAAAGAGACCAAGCGUCCGCCGUCGAGCUCCGAGAUCCUAAGUCUCUCCGCGAUCGACAAGGCGCUAAGGGACAUAGAUCUCAAUUCGGAUACAUCCACUGUAGAGGUUGUCAACCACCUGUGGGAGCAUGGUCGUGGAAACAAUUAUGACGAUGGGGAAAACAAGGAGAACCAGAGCAGCAACUCCCAUGCGGAGCGCACUUCGUGCGGCUCCAACAAGCUUACCGACACCAUGAGUUUCACGGACUCUGUGCUAAACUCAACGGAUUUUCGUCAUUUGCAGCAGAGCAUCUCGCGCAAGCCGCUCAGUCCGCUGGCGGACCAUCCGCAAAUCACCAUCAGCCGUGCGGACACCGAUCCCGUAGAGACAGAAGCCGAGGCGGACAUCGAUGAGUGGCCCUCGACGCCGGUAAAGGAGCCUAGCCGCAGAGUGAGACGUACUAAGAUUUCUCCAAGAGCCGCAAGUCCGUCGAGUAGCGACGGCGUACGUCCACUGACCUGCACCGAGGAUGAAAACGAUGAGGAGGACGAGGACAAGACGCCAGUGAACAAGAAGAGGGUUUCGAUCGCUACAAUGGGCUUGAUUCCGCGCAAAGCCUCCUCCUUAAGCAGCACUCGCUUGGAUGGUUGUGACGUUGCCGUGGCCUCUUCUACCGAACGUGAUUUUGGCAUUUCACCGAACCUGGCCAAAAAUCUAUCGCCCCUGUCCUCGCCAAGAAGCUGUCUCUCGUCGCCGCUGCUGGACAGCACAACCAGUUCCGACCGCCGGCAGCUCAUGAGUGGAGCAGCCCGCAAAGCAAACUCCUCGCCCGCAGGUAGUGAGGCCAGUUCCACCAGCGGAUUCACAGCGAGUGGAAGACGUGGGUUGGGAACCAGCUCUGUUGCAGUGCCACGUAGUAUUUCGCGCUGCUCGAACUCUAGUGAGUUCAGUCAUCGCGAUGGAAAACUGCUCCCCCUAAAGGUGACCCACACGACCCUCUGUUGGGGAAGCACAAAGCUGCGGACAGAUGUGCGUAAGUCCAUGCAGGUUAAGAACACAGCGGACAAACGGCUGGUCAUUCGGCUUGGCAUCCAGGGACCCGGAUUCCAGCUGGUGGGCACCGACAGCAGCACGAUCACACUCCAAGCCAUGGAAUGCCGCUCGGUAGUGAUCAACUUUUGCCCCACUGUCUGUGGAGCGGCCAUCGGAGCCUUGUCUUUCUAUGCACCACCAGGAGCGCAUAACAGCAACCAGCCGGGCCUAGAGAUUCCGUUGUACGGCUACGGGGGCAGUGCGUCCAUCACCAUAAACGGUCUGCUAAAGGGACCGGUGGGCGCCAGUUUCCUUACCAUCGGCGAUGUAUGCGAGCUGUCCGCUGGUCCGCUUUCGGCGAAUCUCAAGUUUCACAACAAGGGCCCUCUCACCGCUUUCGUUGGUAUAUCAGUGGACUCCACCGUGCUCAUGAAACUGCGCCUCAGCGAGGCCUUCGAGGUACGUCCGAGCCGCUUGAUAUUGCCGCCAAAUAGCGAGCGCUGCGUGCAGAUACUUUUCCGACCGAAUCGUGAGGACUUGAAGAACAUACUUAAGAAGACCGCACAGGUGUUGACCCUGGCCAAUAUGCGGAUUUUCUGCGGAGACGAGCCCAACAGACAGCGUAUGCGUAGCUUGGUCCAAAGGAUGAGCAGCCGACAGCGAGAGAAACUCACAUCGCCGAUGCUGGACAGCAUUUGGGGCGAAUUUCCGGACGAGCAGCCAGUGCGCAACAUCGGUCAGCUGAACGAACCGCCAGAGUUUAUUCUGGACUUGGUCACAGUAGUGCGGAUUAUUGAUGUUGCGCUUACCCUCAAUCGGGACUUUGAUGAAUCGUCUGAGAGUUCCCUGAUGUUCCUGCCGGAGGCCGACGAAACCGUGCUAUUCCGCACCAUAUGUGUGGCCAAUUCGCCGACGCCAACGCAGAGCCAUCUAUUGGAGCCAGUGGAUGAGCUAUUGGAGGCGGACACCACAACGUUGACGCCCGUCGAGCAAAACUGGUGUGUGCAGCCAGGUUUGCUGGAAUUCGGAGUGGGCUGUUCGCCACUGGCCACUUUGUCCGUAACCAACAGCUUCUGCUCCAGGCAGCUCAUCGAGGUCACAUGCAAUGUGCCCGAUUUGGUGCGAAUCAGUCCCAGUGAGUGCUACGUAUCCCCGGAUGGCGGCCACGCGGAGAUCGAUGUGCGCCUGCUCCGCUCACCCAGGCAGGAUUUGCUCGAAAGGGAGCCGCUCAUUGUGGUCUCCAUGGAAAACGAGCGCAUCAGUGUCCCGAUUAGUUUUAAAUUUUAAAAUUUGUUUUAUUUGUGCCUGCUAAUUCUGCUUUCCCUAUGUUUGUGUAGUUAGUUUAAACAAAAAUUGUAUUGUGUACUUGUGAAAUGAAACCGUGUUUGCAGAGUAUUUGUAAGGAAAACGCAUAACCCUAAAGUUAAAAUACUCGCUUGUUUCCUAAAAGUUGAAUUUAGCUUAAAUAAAAACUAAUAAAGUAU